AUGGCAGCGGAUACUCCAACAGCAUCGUCAAUGGCAUUAUUAGCGGUAACGGGAUUUUACGGUAGCGGAACCUUGGAAAUGGCAAUGGAUUGCGGUAAAUGGAAAUGGAGCUACUGUCAGCAGAGCAGCAGCGGUUACACUAAUGGUAAUGGAGUUAAUGGAAAUGGACAUACAAACGGUAAUGGAAAUGGUAAUGGAUACACCAACGGCAACGGUAAUGGUUACAGACGCGGAAAUGGUAACGGUGUCAACGGGAACGGCAAUGGUUACACCAACGGCAACGGUAAUGGUUACAAAAACGGAAAUGGCAAUGGAGUCAACGGUAAUGGUUACACCAACGGUAACGGUAAUGGCUACACCAACAGCAGCAACGGCAAUGGUUAUAGCAACGGUAAUGGUAAUGGUUACACGAACGGCAACGGUAAUGGUUUACAAAACGGAAAUGGUAACGGAGUCAACGGCAACGGCAAUGGUUACACGGGCAGCGGUAAUGGAUUUACACCAACGGCAGCGGUUAUACCAGCGGUAAUGGUAAUGGUUACACGAACGGCAACGGUAAUGGUUGCAAAAACGGAAAUGGUAACGGAGUCAGCGGCAACAUUUAACGAGUUACACCAACGGCAACGGAUACGCUAA